AUGAAUGCAGGCCUCAGUUUAAUUACCAUUUCCAUUGCUGUUUCUAUGCAUUUUCCGCUCGUGAUGAGGAGAGAGAUCGAUAGACAAUUAAAGAUGGAGAAAAAGAUUUAUGAUGCAGCCCUUCAUGGGAGUGUCAAUAUUCUUCAUGAAUUGCUCCAAGAAGAUAAAUCAAUUCUUGAUAGAGUUUCUUUAAAUUGUACCAACAAUUAUACUCCUCUGCAUAUAGCAGCAAUGAGAGGGCAUGAAGAAUUUGUCAAAGUAAUAUUGGCUCAAAGCCCUGAGCUAUCUGCUGAGCUAGAUUCGCGUCAAAAAUUGUCACCCCUUCAUUUGGCAUCAGCUAGAGGGCAUUCGAAGAUUGUGGAGGCAUUGGUAAAUGCUAAUCCUGACAUGUGCUUGGUUCUUGAUCGAAAUGGCAGCAACCCUCUUCAUCUUGCAGCCGUCAAAGGCAGAGAUGAGGUUUUGGAAAUGCUGGUUGAUUCAAGGCCGUUUGCAGCUAAAGAAAAGACCAAACGUGGGGAGUCUAUUUUGCAUGUGUGUGUGAAGUAUAAUCAGUUGGAUGCCCUGAAGAAGCUGGUGGAAAUUGUGGAUGAUGAGGAGUUCUUGAAUCAGAAGGAUGGCGAUGGCCUCAGCAUAUUGCAUUUGGCUGUUAUUUCCAAGCAAAUUCAGAUCAUCCAAUACUUGAUAACUACAGCCAUAAAUAUAAAUGAGAAGAAUCCAAAAGGGCGCACAGCAAUGGACCUUAUACCACAAAAUCCCCCGGAGAUGAAUCAACAGAUUGAAGAGGUUCUUCGACAAGUAGGAGCCUUAAAGGCAGAGGAAAUCACUGAAUCCAUUACAAACGUUACUAAUACCACGAGGCCUAACAAUUUUUCACCAGCAUCUCAAGCUAAUCCAUCAACAGCCACACAAGGAGCUAAUCCGCAAUCCAAUUUCAGAUGGUUAGAACAGAAAAGCAAAGCACUAAUGGUCGUGGCAUCGCUCAUCGCGACAAUGGCUUUCCAGGCCGGAUUAAGCCCACCAGGAGCAGUUUGGCAAGAUGAUUCAACUCAGGAUUCUUCAGGAAAUCCUGCACCAAAUCCACACAAGGCAGGCGAAUCCGUUAUGGCUUACCAUCACCUCCAUUACUACAAGUAUUUCCUUCGGUUCAACACGACUGCCUUUGUUUCAUCCCUUGGCAUAAUCCUGAUGCUCAUCAGUGAACUACCCUUCAAGCAUGAGAUCUUCAUGUGGCUCUUGGUGGGUGUUAUGUGGUUAACAGCUACUUCAAUUGCACUAACUUAUGGUAUAUCAAUUGCAUAUGUUACACCAGAGAUGGAUAAGGAACAACUUGGUCAUGUGAUUGAAAUUGCUGUAGCUGCAUGGUGUGGUGUGAUAACUCUUGUUCUCCUGGGGAAAACUACCUAUUCCUUGCACCAAUGGUGGAAAAAUGGAAGAAGAAUAAGGUGGCCAAUGACAAAGAGGAAUUCACUUGUUCGGAACCAUGGAAAUCAACUAAGUAUAGCAUCAACUUCAUUCGUCUAA